AUGGCUUUCCGUCGCACCGCGGCGUGCCUCACCCUGUGCCUCACCGCUCCUCCGGGCGCCUCCGGCCUGGUCUCCGCCCCGGCGUCCCAGGACCGCUGGCCCUGGAGCCGUAAGGCGCAGGCCGAGACGGUGUCGCACCGCACCAGCCAGCUGAGGGUGCACGUCACCUCCAUCGGCGGCGUGGGCACCACGGGAAUCAUGGAGGAGAUGAAGCAGAUGAGCCCCCCGAUUGUCACCAACGACCCCAUCGACAACGAUCAGAUCAAGCACGUGCCGUACAGUAAGCUCAUCGGGAUGGCCGGGUUCAAGCGCGAGAGGCCCCAGAAGAUUGUGUACCUGUAUGGCGAUCCCACCCGCGCGAUCAUGUCCUUGGACAGGAGAGGAUGGUUCAUGAUCCAGGCCCGAAAGACUCGCAGCGACCCGUUCCCGCACCCAUUCCCGAAGAACCUCAAGCAGUAUGUCGACGACAUGCAGGAGGAUUUCUUCCAAUUCGAGAAGCACUUCGAUUCGUACUACCAGCAGUGCGAUCUGCCUGUCGCCUUCCUGCGCGCCACCGAGAAGACAGACCACAUCACGGAGCUGGCAGAGUUCCUGGAGGUGAACUCCACCGAGGCCCGCCGCGUGCUCCAGCCGUGGAAGCCUGCCGCGAGCGCCCUGCAAUUGCAGGACGAGGUCGUGCCCCUCGAGUUCAACCCCGACGUCCUCCCGAGCAACAACACCUACUCGGAUGUGUCACCAGAGACGAAGGCGAAACUCAAGGGGAAGCUGGCGAGCCUGAUGAAGAAGUACGACUCGCUCCCCGGCUUCAAGGCGAUCAUCCCAGGCAAGGACUGCCAGAAGACGAACCCCGCGGCCGCCUCGGCUCUCGGAGCCGCCCCGGCGGCGAGGGCGCCCCCGCCCACGGGGCUUGCACAGAGGGGCGAGCCUCGCGGUGAGCGCCGGCUCCCCGCCGAGAUGGUGGGCGCCGCCCGCGCGCCCGCGCGGCUCGCGGAGCCGCUGCUGCCCCCCCGGGGGCCGCCGGGCCCGCGGCGGGCCGCGGAGCCGGAGGUGUGGCUGGAGCCGGACGCGAGGACCGAGCUGCUCGUGCGGCAGCGGGGGUACACGGUCGGCCAGUACCCGAUGGCGGAGCUGUCGGGCCCGCUCAGCUUCAAGGCGCUGCGCCCGCGCAAGACGAGGGAGAUCGCGGCCCGGGAGCGCGCCGACUCGGUCCAGGUGGACUCCCGGCGGGAGGAGCCCCCCGAGGGAGCCGACCCGAGGCUCGCCGACUCCGCGGCCUCCGACGUGAUUCUGGAGAAGGUCGCGAGCCUGAUCCACGAGCACCUGGAGGAGGGCGCCGCCAUCCUCGGGGAGGGCCCGGCCGGCGACGCCUUCCACGAGGCGCACUUCCUCAGGAGGCAGUGGUGGUGCUGCUGCCCCUGGCGGAGCCACCCUCCGGCACGGCCCACCGUGGAAGACAUCCUCGGGCUCCUGGCGGACGUCUCCCGGGCGCUCUUCUUCUGCCACCAGGUGGUCGUAAUCAGCGCUGUCUACAUAGAGCGGCUGCUGAACAACACAACAGUGGUGCUCACGCCUGGCAAUUGGCGAUCCAUCGUCGUGGUAGCCCUCCAGACCGCCUCGAAGGUGUGCGAGGACGUGCACCCGUGGAACGCAGACUUCGAGGACUGUCUGUUGGAUGUAGCAGGCCUGAGGUACAGGUCAGGGGCCCUCUACAGGCUGGAGUCCGAAUUCCUCGACCAGCUGGGGUGGAAGGUGUUCGUCGAUGGGGAGGAGUAUGGGAACUUCUACUUCGCGCUGCUAGGUGACCGCACGCAGGACUUUGGACGCGACCUGCUGAGCCCCUUGAAGAGGCCAUCGCAGCGAUCCUCCAUCCACAGGGCCCCCGCCUGGGACCAACUCGGCACGAGGAUAGGCGUGAUCGCCGAGGACCGGGCCUCGGCCUCGGACGUCUCGGCGAGAGCGUCGCCGCGGGGCGACACGCCGACGUCCCGGUGCUCCUCGCGCGCCUCGCUGCAGCUCGUGCCCUCGUCGGGGGAGAAGGAGGAGCUGCUGAGGUCGUGGCGGCGGAUGAUGCAGGCGGAGGGCUCGAGCGCCCUCGUGACCCGGGAGCUGCACGCCGUCUGGCGCCUGGAGAAGAGCAACCCGCUCGUGGGGGCCCUGCGCCACGCGCCCUGCGCGCGGGCGCCCUCGCGCCACAUCCCCGAGAGCGCCGACCUCCUCUGGGCGCACGAGCUCGGCAAGCACGCCAUGCACGCCAUGACCCCGGGCAGCUCCGCGGCCAGCUCGGUGUGCACCCUUUCCGGGGCCACCGGGCAGCGGCUCGCCUCCGAGCUGCGCCAGGCCAGGGCCGUGGGCGAGGCGAGGUGA